CUUAUUCUACUUUGCACAUUACUACAACAAUUUCCCAACCAAUAUCUCUGGUUCUCAUUCUCACUUCAAUAUUCCCAUUUUUCUCUUUCUUUACUUUCAUGACACCACUCACAUUGUCACUCACUACUAUCAGUGUAACAGAACACUACUGAGUGUGUUUUUUUUUCAGUUUAUAUACAAACAACAAACAGAACACAAACCUCAGAGAAGCUUCUCCUCAUCAAAACCUCAUACUUUUCACUCCCACUGCUGAAUUCUGAUUCUUUAACACCAGUUUCUGUUUCUUUCUCUCUGUUUUCUAUAUUUUGAGUGUAAGUGAUACUGUAGUAGCUGUGUAAGUUGAAGUGGGGUGUUGAUGUCUGUGCCAUUGGAGCAAGGCUAUGUAGGCAUAGGAGAGGUUCAUAAUACAAUGGAAGGCUCUGAGAAGUUUGCUGAAAGGACUAGCAGUGGCUUAAACCUCAAGGCUACUGAGCUCAGGCUUGGGUUGCCAGGCUCUGAGUCACCAGAGAGGGAACUUGGUGUGAGCAUGCUCAAGAGUUUGGUGUCUGGGGCUAAAAGGGGUUUCUCAGAUGCAAUUGAUGGAGGUUCUGGGAAGUGGGUUCUCUCUGGAAAUGGUGGAUCUGAAGUGGGUCUGGGUAAAGAUUGUAGCUUGUUUUCCCCUAAGGGUGUUGGUGCUGCUGGGAAGGCUCUUGCUAUUGCUGACUGCAACAAACAACAACAAGCAUCUGUUGGGAAGGAUAAAGUAACUCAGUCUAUAAAGUCUCUGAAUGAGAAGAAGGCACAGAUAUCUGCACCUGUUGCAAAGGAACAGGUUGUAGGAUGGCCACCAAUCCGCUCUUUCAGGAAGAACUCAAUGACCUCUCAGCCUCAAAAGAAUGAUGGUGAUGUAGAAGCCACAUCUGGAUGCCUUUAUGUAAAAGUCAGCAUGGAUGGUGCUCCAUACUUGAGGAAAGUGGAUCUUAAACACUUUGUCACUUACAGGGAUUUAUCUUCUGCGCUGGAAAAGAUGUUUAGUUGUUUUACUAUCAGUCAAUGUGGCUCUCAUGGAGCUUCUAGUCAUGACAAAUUGAGUGAAAGUAGAUUGAUAGAUCUCCUUCAUGGUUCAGAAUAUGUCCUCACCUAUGAAGACAAAGAUGGUGACUGGAUGCUGGUUGGUGAUGUUCCAUGGGUGAUGUUUACUGACUCUUGCAAGAGGUUGAGGAUAAUGAAAAGUUCUGAAGCUAUUGGACUUGUGAUUCCUGCAGCACCAAGGUCUAUGGAAAAGUGCAAGAGUCGCAACUAGCCAAAUGCUACUGAUGCAGCUGGCAGAAUGAUGAGUAUUGUGUUUUAAGACAGAGGCACUGGCAGGGCAUAAACUGGGGCUUCUCUUCAUUGCUUAUGUAUCAGUAAAAUCCUAUAUAUCGCAAACAGGAUCCUAGUGGCCUAAACGUUUUAAUAGGCAAGAUAUGUUUGUUGUAGCCAUUUAAGGUUUCUCUCCUUGAAAGUUACUAUUAGUGAGCAUUUUGAUUUUCAUGACAUGGAAAAGAAAAUAACAUGGUACUUUAUUUUGUUUAAUAAGAGAAAUUUAUUGUGUUCCCCACA